UUGAAUUUAUUGCAAUUUUCUCAACGCAAACGGGCAAAUCGGGCGUAAGCGGGUGCAGAGUGUUCGGUUGUCAGCGGUGUCAGCGGUUCGGUUUUCUCGGCUUAAAAUUUUCGCGUGUUUUACAUAACCCAAAAGCGAACGGUGUGCAAAGAAAUUGAGGAAUUCUUUUGAUUCCUGGCGCGCACUUCGACCUGUCCAGCUCCUGUCAUCUUAAUUGCUGCAUUCACCCAUAACGAACGUGGCGUCCAACGAAGGCAACAGCAGCGCCGCGGGCAGUGGCAGUGGCAGUGGCAGUGGCGCGGAGUCGGCCGCCCUGUUCUCCAAAUUGCGUAGCUUCUCCAUUGGCAGUGGACCCAACUCGCCGCAGCGUGUUGUCUCCAAUUUGCGCGGGUUUCUCACCCACCGCCUCAGCAAUAUUACACCGAGCGAUACAGGUUGUUCACUGGCAUGCCAACAACUUGUACACCAACAACAACAACAACUACAACUACAACAACACGAAAUCAUGUAAAACACAGAUGCAACUGCAACAAACAAUACAGUUAACCUGAGACCAGAGAACAGAGAACAGAAACCACCUCAAAAGCAAACAAAUUGCAUCUGCACUCGAGGUAUUAGUGAGAGUAAUUAACGCGCAAGCGGAAACGGAAGCGGCCAUAUUGAAAGAAAACGUUGCACAAUUUCCGGCCGUGGUCAUGAAGUUGAAAAACGCCAAAAACAGGACACAAAAACAAUAAACCACAAAAAGGGGCAACAUCAAGUAUAGAACACCGAACCAAAAGUGAAAAAGGAAGUGCGAGCAAAAGUCGCAAACAAAAGAAGAAGAAGAAGAAGAAGUAGUCAAAAGAGCUAAAGAUACAUAACCAAAAUGGCCUCAUUCCAAAUACCAUUGAUUAACCUGGAGCUGCGCGAGGUGAAGGAGAUUGUGUGGGAGAAGGUGCAGGAGCCGGUGAAUCAGCGACGCCUCAUCCUGGUCAUUGUGUCCAUAGCCCUGUUGCUGGACAACAUGUUGUAUAUGGUCAUUGUGCCCAUUAUACCCGAUUAUCUGCGCGAGAUUGGCAGCUUCGAUGAUGGACCAACGCCUCCGCCAUUACGCGACAAUGUCACGGGUCGCAUAAUUCCCGUGCAUCAUGAUCAUCAUGGUCAGGACUCGGCAACGGGCAUACUCUUUGCCUCCAAGGCCAUAGUUCAACUGAUGGUCAAUCCCUUUUCGGGUGGUCUCAUCGACAAGAUUGGCUACGACAUACCCAUGAUGAUUGGCCUGACCAUCAUGUUCUUCUCCACGGCCGUCUUUGCCUGCGGCAGCAGCUACAGUGUCCUCUUCUUUGCCCGGUCGCUGCAGGGCGCCGGCUCUGCCUUUGCGGAUACCUCGGGUCUGGCCAUGAUUGCGGAUCGUUUUACGGAGGAGAAUGAGCGCUCACAGGCGCUAGGAAUUGCACUGGCCUUCAUUAGCUUUGGCUGCCUGGUGGCGCCACCUUUCGGCGGCGCACUGUAUCAGUUUGCCGGCAAGGAGGUGCCGUUCCUUAUACUAGCGCUGGUCUGUCUGUUGGAUGGUCUGAUGUUGUUGCUGGUCAUGAAGCCUGUCAAGGAGCAGCUCAAGCAGAGCAAAGAGGUUCAGAAUCAAAUCAUUCCCAUUUGGAAACUCCUCAUUGAUCCCUAUAUCGCCGUGUGUGCUGGAGCAUUGACCAUGUCCAAUGUGGCGCUCGCUUUCCUGGAGCCCACCAUAUCACUGUGGAUGGAGGAUAAUAUGACAACGGAAAACUGGAAGAUUGGCAUGGUCUGGCUGCCGGCAUUCUUUCCCCAUGUGCUCGGCGUGGUCAUCACCGUCAAAAUGGCCAGAAAGUAUCCACAGCAUCAGUGGCUCAUGGCAGCCGGAGGCUUGACACUGGAGGGACUCUCCUGUUUCGUUAUACCCUUCUGCAGUGGCUACAAGAUGCUCAUGUUGCCCAUCUGCGUCAUCUGCUUUGGGAUUGCGUUGAUCGAUACCGCUUUGUUGCCAACUCUGGGCUACCUGGUGGAUGUGCGCUAUGUUUCCGUGUAUGGCAGCAUCUAUGCCAUUGCCGACAUCUCAUAUUCGAUUGCCUAUGCAGUGGGUCCGAUUAUUGCCGGUGGCAUCGUGGAGGCGAUUGGAUUUACGUCUCUCAACUUUCUCAUUGCCUUCUCCAAUCUCGCCUAUGUGCCUGUUCUGCGCAAGUUGCGCAACAUCUAUGACUUCAAGCCGUUCGAGAAUGAGGCCAAUAUCUUGAUGCAGGAUCCGCCGAACAAGGAGUACCAAACGUAUGUUAUGCACGAUCAAAAGCCGGUCGAUGGCGAUCUGAAGAAUCAUCUGGAGUAUGGCCAGCAAUAUCAGUCGGAGCAGGAGACCAAUUUGGAUGAGUAUCAGUCACAGCAAGGAUAUCAACAGGCUGCUACUGCCGGUGGCUAUCAACAGGAUCAGAGCUAUCAGCCAGGAUAUCAGGAGCAGGGUGGCAGCUAUACCCAACCACGUGUGGCGAAUCCUUUCCAGCAACAGCAGCAACAGCAGCAACCAAGCAGAGCUCCUGCUCCACCAGCGAAUCCAUUUAGACAAGGAUUUUAAACUGUUGUCUUAUACAAAACUAACAUUUAUUUACAUUUAUAUGAUUUAUUUGU